AUGUCGCCUUCAGCACGGCAACUGUCAGCCAUCUCAGCCACAGAGCGUGUAUGCUCAGCCGUAUCUUUGAUUGGAGCGUCUGUCAUUGUCGCUACCUUUAUCGGAUCGCGCUCCUUUCGAAAACCUAUCAACCGACUGGUGUUCUAUGCUUCUUGGGGCAACCUCAUGGCCAAUAUAGCGACCCUCAUCUCCCAGUCUGGGAUUCAUGCUGGAGCAGGUAGCUCACUGUGCCAGUUCCAGGCAUUUUUGAUUCAAUGGUUCAUGCCGGCCGAUGCGCUGUGGACCUUUGCAAUGGCCUGUAAUGUUUACUUGACCUUUUUCCACAAAUACAACUCCGAGCAGCUGCGCCAACUGGAAUGGAAGUAUGUCAUUUGCUGCUACGGUCUGCCCUUUAUCCCGGCCUUUACAUACUUCUUCGUACAGACCCAAGCCCGAGGUCGGGUCUAUGGGUCUGCUAUUCUCUGGUGCUGGGUCUCUCUGCCGUGGGACUAUCUUCGCAUCGCUGUUUUCUAUGGCCCCGUGUGGUUCGUCAUCUCCUUAACCUUUGCCAUCUACCUGCGUGCAGGAACAGUGAUCUACCGAAAACGACGCCAACUACGAGAUCUCGGCGGGAUUGACUCGCUUGAUACCGAGGUUCAGCCCGAGUCCCCGAUCGUUAAGCUGUCCGGAAUUCAAGUGACGAGCGAGUUCGCCUGCUUCUCACCGGAGCGCCGGUCCACGUCAACCCGCGAAUGCGUACCCACGCGCAGCUUUACAUCAACCACACGCAGCCCGUAUUCUGUGACGAUUGAGGGUGGCGGUGUUGGAGCAAGCAGUAUGCCUCUGGGGCUAAGCACAAUGAUGACUUCUAGUCAGGAAUCCGGGCCAAGAAUCGGCCCAAGCCCUCUACGGACUGACAUCCUUCUCAAAACCGCACGUCCUGACCUGGCGGAUUCAUACUCCCAACGACGGGUGAUGACCUCGGAGAGCAACUCGACCAUUUGGGCGUAUACAAAGUAUGCAAUGCUUUUUUUUAUCGCGCUACUGGUAACAUGGGUCCCUUCCACCGCAAAUAGAGUAUAUGCUCUCGCUCGCCCCCAAGACUUCUCUUUUGGACUCAACUAUGCCUCUAGCUUUGUCCUACCCCUCCAGGGAUUCUGGAAUAGUCUUAUCUAUGUCUCUAUAUCGUGGCCGGCAUUUAAAUCACUUUGGGCAGAUCUACGCGGUCGUGGGUCAGGGUUGGACCAAAACGCCCGUUUUUCAGGGGGUGUGUACUCCAAUUACUCACCGAAACAAUCUAGAGAUUCCAGGGCUUCUGUAAGUCAGUUUGAGAGCACGCAGGAAUUGGCUGAUGGUUAG